AGUGGUUAUAUUAUGAGGGAGCUCUGGUUUCCCUCCACUUCUUUUUUUAAGCUCUUAUUCAGGCAUCUUUGUCUGCUUGAGGGGACAUAAGACUCUUCAAAUGGUGACAGUUCACAAUUAGCAAAUUAAGAAGAAUUCAGCAUAUGCAGCAAAGAAAGAAAGCCACAUAUUUUCUAGAAUUCUGUUAAAAAUGAGUGCUACUGCUUCUUUUGCCACCAACUGCCAGCCCCAACCAUUGCCUACCAUUGAUCAAGAAGAUGAACAAGAACAGCAUGAGAUCUGCAUGUGUGUAUUGUGGUAUGGAGGAGAGCUGGGUAUUGCCUACUAUGACACUGGAGACUGUUCUAUCUACUUUAUGGCUGACACACCAGACAAUGAAGACCUUAAGCUGCUCCAGAAAGUGGUUGAUGAAGUGCUUCCCAAAUACAUAUUAAGUAGUGCUAAGCAAGAUUAUAGCAUAGCCAAAUUCCUGUCCAAUUUAGGUAAUACUAUGGGAGAACAUCAGGAAGGAGGAAAGCCAGAGGUUGUCCUGUAUCCAAAUAUGGAUUUUGGUUUAGAAGUAAGCAAGCAAAGGAUCCUAUCGAGGCAAUUCCCUUUUGUCCCCUCUGACAUGACAGCAACUGAGAAAAUCCUCUAUUUGUCGUCUAUUAUUCCUUUUGAGAGCCCACUCGUGGUAAGAGUGCUAGGAGGAUUGCUGAAGUUUCUUGACAGAAGGAGGGUUGGAGUUGAACUGGAAGAUAGUAGCGUCAAUGUUCCUAUCCUUGCCUUUAAAAAGUUUGUACUGACAGAUAUUGUACACGUAGAUCAAGAUGCUUACUCUGUGCUGCAGAUAUUUAAAAGUGAAGUGCAUCCUUCUGUGUAUAAACAAGCCAGCGGGAAAAAAGAAGGACUCAGCUUAUAUGGGAUUCUGAACCACUGCAGAUGCAAGUGGGGAGAGAAGCUGAUGAGACUGUGGCUCAUGAGACCCACGCGCAAUUUGACAGAACUGAACAAACGUCUUGAUGUUAUCCAAUUUUUCCUGUUAGCUCGGAAUCAUGAAAUAGUUCUGACCCUACAGGAAUGCCUCAAAAAUAUUAAAAAUGUACCCCUGAUUCUUAGGCGCAUGGCUGUUUCUAACACUAAGGUAAGUGACUGGCAAGCACUGUACAAAACCGUUUACAGUGCUGUGUGCCUCAGAGAUACGUGUCGCUCCCUGCCCAAUACCAUUGAGCUCUUCCAGACUAUUUCACAAGUCUUCACUGAAGAUCUACACUAUAUUGCCAGCCUAAUCAGCAAAGUGGUAGAUUUUGAAGGCAGUAUCUCAGCAAACCACUUCACUGUCAGACCAAAUGUAGAUCCCACCAUUGAUGAAAAGAAACGAAAGCUGAUGGGGCUUUCAGCCUUCCUUACAGAGGUGGCCCGAAAAGAACUGGAGGACCUGGAUAAUAGAAUUCCAUCCUGUACCGUUAUUUAUAUUCCCUUAAUAGGAUUCUUACUCUCCAUUCCACGGCUGCCCACAAUGGUGGAAAUGAGUGACUUUGACAUUGAGGGACUAGAUUUCAUGUUCUUGUCAGAAGAAAAGCUUCACUACCGCAGUGCCAGGACAAAGGAACUGGAUAGUUUGCUUGGUGAUCUUCAUUGUGAAAUAAGGGAUCAAGAAAUACUGAUCAUGGACCAGCUACAGACUAAGAUUUUGGAAAAGUCUGCAGUACUUAGUGAUGUGAUUGAAUACACAGCACACUUAGAUGUGCUGCUCUCUUUAGCAGUGAUGGCUCGUGAGAAUGGAUAUAUCCGUCCAUGCUUCUCUCACUCCCACAUGAUCCGUAUUAAGGAUGGAAGGCAUCCACUGAUGGAGUUAUGUGCAAAGACCUUUUUCCCCAACUCAGCGGAGAGCACUGAAACGCAUGGCCGGAUUAAGAUCCUCACUGGACCCAAUUCAUCUGGAAAGAGUGUAUAUUUAAAGCAGAUAGGCAUUAUUACAUUUAUGGCCCUAAUUGGCAGCUACGUUCCGGCUGCUGAAGCUGAGAUAGGGGCAGUGGAUGGAAUCUACACCAGGAUCCAUAGCAGAGAGUCAGUAUCUCUAGGACUGUCCACUUUCAUGAUUGAUCUUAACCAAGUAGCCAAGGCAGUAAACAAUGCCACUGAAAGGUCUUUGGUGCUCAUUGAUGAAUUUGGCAAAGGCACAAACACAGUAGAUGGCCUCUCUCUUCUGGCGGCUGUGCUAAGGUACUGGAUUAGACAAGGAACCCAAUGCCCACACAUUUUUGUUGCCACUAAUUUCCACAGCCUGAUGCAGCUGAAUCUCCUGCCUGACAGUCCUCUUCUGCAAUAUCUGACUAUGGACACCCACCAAGAUGGAGAUGAACUUGUGUUUUUCUACCGUGUCAAAGAAGGCAUGUCCACUGUCAGCCAUGCAGCUAAUAUUGCAGAUUUGGCUGGCAUGCCACCUAAACUGAUUGCCCGAGGAGUAGAAGUGUCAGAGUUGCUCCGCAAUGGGAAACCCAUCCAACACGCUGACCAUUCUUCAAAGGAGAAACAGUUGCAAAGUUGCAAAUCUCUGGUAGAUAAAUUCCUCUCCCUGGAUCUCGAUAAUCCUCAGCUGGAUUUAAAGGAGUUUAUGAGUGAAGAGGUGCUUCCCUCUUCAGCAACCAUAUUGCACCCUAUUAAAAAGGCAUAA